GACACAGAACAACAUGCACGCAUAGGCACUCAUCACAACGAAGAACACACACACACACACACGUAUAAACACCCAGGAAGGUAUGAAAACACUGCAGAGUUCCUCUCGCGGUCGCGGAGGCGGCUCUAAUUACCGUGGCCGCGGUAGCAGCGGAGGCGGUCGCGGCCGAAGUGUGAGCAGUGGCCACGGCCGUGGACGCGACAACGGAGACCGCCGCUUCGCCGCCCGCUUUACCGAUCCGCGCUUUCAGGUGUCAGCACAGGCGGGCCGUCAGUCCCACCGCCGCCACCGCGACACCGCCGAGAAGUCUGCCGAGCAGGACCCGCGAUUUGCGAAGUAUUUCGCCCCAUCUGACCAUGACGGCGCGAUGGAAGAGGCAACGGAGGAGGACGACGAGGAAAACGAGGAGGUCUCGCAGCACACCUCCAGUGAUGAGGAUGUCGACGUCGAGGAGGUCGGCUCUCUGCCUUUGGAGGAGGAGGCGGCGUUGGAUGACGAAGUCAACGCCUGGGCACCGGACGAGGUCGAGUUCAUCGAGGCACGUCGCCGCGUUGCCAUCGUCAACUGCGACUGGGACCACGUCCGCGCCGUCGACCUCUACGCCAUCCUCUUCCACGCCCUCCCACUCGGCGGGCAGCUGCACGAGGUCUGCGUGUACAUGAGCGAGUGGGGCAAGAAGAUGAUCGCGCUGGAGAAGACGCACGGGCCGGACUUGUGGGUGAAACCGGGCGAGGCAGACGCGACAGCGUCCGCGGAGGGUGAAGAUGGUGCACCAGCAGAGGGGGAAGCCGAGAUGCCGGCGGCGGUGGAGCUGCCCGAGGAGGUCUCCGAUGACGAGAUCAGCGAGCCGCGCAGUGACGGGUGGACGGACGACAACCCCGACAUGCUGCAUGAGCAGGGCGAGGAUGGCGAGUUCUUCUCGGACGGUAAGUUUCGCCGCUACGAGAUGGACCGCAUGAAGUACUACUACGCCGUUGCCUCCUUCGACUCGGCUGACACGGCCGCGGCGGUGUACAACGAGCUGGACGGGAUGGAUAUUGAGGCCAGCGGGGUGGUGCUUGACCUGCGCUACAUCGACGACGACGAGACCUUCGCGCAGCCCGUCAGUCGGGCCGACCACAUCCCCGCCAACUUCCGCCCCCUCGCCUCCUUCAAGAUGAGUGCGAUGAGUCAGAGCAAGUUCCGCAUCUCGUGGGAUCAGGACGACGUCUUUCGCCACCAGUCCGUGCAGGACAGCUUCACCGGCACGACGGAGGAGGACGACCUUGCCGCGUAUCUUGCCCCGGCGGACUCCGACGCGGACGACGAUGGCGGCCCGGCCGAUCCGGCGAAGAGGACGCGUGAGAAGCGCGACAUCCGUCGCAAGUACGCUGCGUUGCUCGAGGAGGUCGGCGGCAUCCCAGACAAACUGGAGGAGGAAGAGGAGGAGAAAGAUGCACAUGGCGCCACGGCGAGUGCGGUGGAUGGGCUAGACGACGGCAGCGAUGACGACUCCCUUAAUCGCUUCAGCGACGUGGAGAUGCAAGAGGACGAAGAGGAGGAGGAGGACGACGGUGACGAUGGUGAAGUCACCGGCAACAUGGAGACCACCUUUGACUUAGACGCCGACACGAAGGCGGCGGGGCUGCAGCACGACACCCGUUUAAAGCAAAAGCUCCAGUCAGCCGACCUCGCCACUCAGGCGGCGGUCAAGUACAAGCUGCGCCGCAAGGAGAUGAAGAAGUCAAAGAAGGACAUGCUGCGUCAGGAGCGCGAGACCGAGAAGGCGGCUCAGGCGGACCACCAAGCCGAGAACCGUCAGAAGCUGAAAGAGUUGAUGGGCACCGACGACGAUGGCUCGGCAAAGGCAAGCGGCAAGGAGCGCCGCAAGACGCACGCGAAGCAGGUGAAGGAGCGACUCGCAGAGGAGCGGGCGGCAAAGAAGAAAAUGCGCGCGGCGAGUCAGCUCGGGGUGACACUGCAGGUGCAGCACGUACGGCGCGAGCAGGAGGCGCAGAAAGCGGCGGAGCAAAUUGACGACCGUUUCAAGUCGAAGCUGCUUUCCGAUCCGCGCUUCCAUUUAGAGGUGGCGCAGAAGGACAAGCGUGUCACGGAAGACGUGGCGCAGCUCGCCUCUACCGUCGCCAAGGCCCGUCAAGGGAAGCGCGAGCGAGCCGAAGAUGCGAAGCCCGCCAACUCCCAAAACUCGAUGAAGGACACACUGGACUUCUUUCUGGCCAAGAAGAAGGCACGCAAGUAA